GGGAGGACCAGGACUUCAUGGGGCUCAUUGAGGGCAACUCAAGUCUUGUGAGGGAGAACAAGAGCUUCAUUGGGAGGGGGCUUGGGUAGGGAAUGGGAGUGCAGUGAGGAAAAGGAAUGACCGGAUUUGUAGGGGCCCAUCGGUGUCCCUCUGCCCUCCUGUCUACUGCUAACAGAGCAGAAGAAAAUCUCCGAGUGAGCGGGGCAGGGAAGGAACUACUGGGCCAGAGUUACAGGGAGGCGGGACCACAACCUCCUUCCAGCAGGGGGGCCGGAUGAUAAACAAACCCAGCCUCCUACACAACUCUGGCCCUGGGCUGUCCCGGACAGAGUUCAGGAGAAAUUCAGAGAGCAGAGAGAGGCAGGGCAGGUUAGGGGGUCAGGGCAGAGACAGACACAGGAGAGAUCAGGGAGACAGGGACCCGGAAGAAGUAGGCUGCUGUUCAGUGUGGCCCAAGAAGCAUCCACCCGGAGCCUGGAAUUCCACCAUCAGUGCAUCCCUGCUGGAGCUCCCGGCUGCUGUCUCCAGGAGCCCCUCAUAAGGUCUUACUCCCUCUGCCUGGCUGAAUUCCAGGUCCUGAGAUUGAAUUAGGGGCAGAACUCCCUGUUCACCUCACCCCAGCAGUCAUGGGACCCAGGAUGGGGCCAGCAGGCGAGGGACCGCAGAUGCCAGAAGAGGAUAUCAAGAUCACGUUGGACAUAGAAGGCACACCUGGAGGCAAAGACAGCCCAAGCCCUCAGGGCUUGAGGCCAAGUGUGUUCCAGAGCAUCAAGUUUUUCCUCCUGUGCCACAGCCUGCUGCAGCUGGCACAGCUCAUGAUCUCUGGCUACCUCAAGAGCUCCAUCUCCACCGUGGAGAAGCGCUUCGGCCUCUCCAGCCAGUCCUCAGGGCUGCUGGCUGCCUUCAACGAGGUGGGAAACACAGCCCUCAUUGUGUUUGUGAGCUAUUUUGGUAGUCGGGUACACCGGCCUCGACUGAUCGGCUGUGGGGCUGUCCUUGUGGCCCUGGCAGGCCUGCUCAUGAGCCUCCCACACUUCAUCUCAGAGCCAUACCGCUAUGACCACACCAGCCAUGAGGAUCUGCCACAGGACUUCGAAGCUUCCCUGUGCCUGCCCAAGACCUCAGGCCCGGCACCAGCCCCCUUCAAUGGCAGCUGCUCCAGCUACACAGAGGCACAGCAUCUCGCGGUGGUGGGGAUAAUGUUCAUGGCACAGACCCUGCUCGGGAUAGGGGCUGUGCCUAUUCAGCCUUUUGGCAUCUCCUACAUCGAUGACUUUGCCCACAACAGCAACUCACCCCUCUACCUUGGGAUCCUGUUUGCAGUGACCAUGUUGGGGCCAGGCCUGGCCUAUGGGUUGGGUGGCCUCAUGCUGAGCCUUUACGUGGAUAUUGACCGGAUGCCAGAAGGUGGCAUCAGCCUGACCUCAAAGGACCCCCGAUGGGUGGGUGCCUGGUGGCUGGGCUUCCUCAUCUCUGCUGGUGCAGUGGCCCUGGCUGCCAUCCCCUACUUCUUCUUCCCCAGAGAGAUGCCCAAGGAGAAGCAUGAGCUUCGCUUCCAGACAAGGAUCUUGUCAAUUAUAGCCUCACGUGUCCGCAAAGGUGAGGACUCCUCUUCUGAGCAAAGCCCUGGAGAGUACCCAGAGAAGCAAUAUGGCCUAUCCCAGGUUGCACCAGACCUGACGGUGUUCCAGUUCAUCAAAGUCUUCCCCAGGGUGCUGCUGCGGACCCUGCGCCACCCCAUCUUCUUGCUGGUGGUCUUGUCCCAGGUGUGCAUGUUGUCCACAGUGGCAGGCAUGGCCACCUUCCUGCCUAAGGUCCUGGAGCGCCAGUUUUCCAUCACUGCCACCUACGCCAACCUACUCAUUGGCUGCCUCACCAUCCCAUCGGCCAUCGUGGGCAUUGUGGUGGGAGGUGCCCUUGUCAAGCGCCUCCACCUGGGCCCCAAGCGCUGCGUCAUCCUCUGCCUGCUGGGAGCACUGUUCGGCCUAAUUUUCAGCCUGCCCCUCUUCUUCAUUGGCUGCCCCACCCAUCAGAUUGCAGGCAUCACCCUCCAGCCUGGCACCCAACCUGGGACUGGGCUGUUUCCAGGCUGCUCAGAGCCCUGCUCCUGCCCAUCGGACUACUUUAACCCUGUUUGUGACCCCAGUACCCGUGUGGAGUACAUCACACCCUGUCACGCAGGCUGUACGAGCCAGGUGGUCCAAGAGGCUCUGAACAAAAGCAAGGUCUUUUACACCAACUGCAGCUGUGUGGUGGGGGGCGGCCCUGUGCUGGCGGGCUCCUGCGACUCACCCUGCAGCCACCUGGUGUUGCCCUUCGUGCUCCUGAUCAGUGUGAGUGCGGCACUGAUCAGUGUCACGCACACUCCCUCCUUCAUGCUCAUCCUAAGGGGAGUGAAGAAAGAAGACAAGACUUUGGCUGUGGGCAUUCAGUUCAUGCUCCUGAGAGUUUUUGCCUGGAUGCCCAGCCCCGUGAUCCAUGGCAGCGCCAUCGACACCACUUGUGUGUACUGGGCCCAGAGCUGUGGACGUCGAGCUGUCUGCCGCUACUAUGACCAUGACCUACUCCGAACCCGGUUCAUUGGCCUCCAGUUCUUCUUUAAGACAGGCUCCCUGGCCUGCUUCACCUUGAUUCUGGCCACCUUGAGGCAGCAGGACAAAGAAGCCAGGACCAAGACGACCCUGCCCAGCCUUGGCUUACAGCAGCAGCAGUUAGAGUCAGGGCCAGAGAAGAAGCCCUAGGAGUCCAAAGUGUGAGCUGUCUCAGGGCCCCACUCUGGCCAAGAGUGGCAGUCCCAGCAGAUACCUCCUCUGGGCUCUUUUCCCCAGACUGGGUGUCAGGAGCCCUGUGUCCCAAUUCUAGCUACUCUGCUAACUUGCUGUGUGACUUCAGACAAGUCACUGAUGCUCUCUGGGCCUUCACUUGCUCAUCUGAACCACGACAUUAUUUGCAGGUUUGCUGUGUUGAUCACUUACUUCUGAGCAGGAAGGUCUUUCCCUUCCUUCCUCAGCCAACAGGCUGAACUUGACCCAGGCUUUCCUGGGUGGAAGGCCUACACACCUUUCCCUGAGGCCCGGGACUGGGAAAUGGGCCACAGUAGGCCAGGCUGCCCUCUA